AUGGUUUUGCUCCCCUGUAGAUUCUCUCGGCAUCCUGGUCGUGCCCGCGCCUUGCCGGAAGCAUGGGACUUCAAACGGUGGAAGCAUCCACUCGAGUCUGCGGACCAAAUGCUCGUCCACAUCGGAGGCCUGGAUCCGCUGAGUUCCAUUAUGACAGGCCAGGCCCACGAGGAGUACAAAUGCCGACACCUCCGCUUCAUUGUCAGAGCAUGGUGUACAACAUACCAAGCAACCCACAAGAGGUGUCCCUUGAAUAUCGUUGCAAUUGAAUACAGACUCACCGAAGAGUGUAGUGGGUGGAUCCGUCACUUUGCUGUUUUUGGGCGUAUAUUGACUUGUCGCAGGCGAUUGCAAGAAGUCAUGACAAAAAUCGUCCGGCCUAUCUUCUCGAAUUGUUUUUGGAGUUUCCUUUACACUACUCUUACGGCGCAGCGGCAGAGCGAACAGUUGCGCAAUACCCAUUUGAAUCUCUUUCAUUGUCUGUUUCAAUUGAACGCAUCGCCAUACCAGCUGGAUGUUUACACAGCAUGGCAACACUCUCGACACGGGGCUGUGAAAGUGUACUUAGAAGCCGAAACCACUUCGGCCACUACCUACGUACCGGUAGCCCCAACACCAUCGGGUUCUUCAAGCCAGAUAGCCCACACUACAGUGCACCGCGCACUCCGAGGACAGAAUUAA